AAUUGAUUAAUUGCCUGCCAUUAUUAUCAAGAUAGAUUACUAGAAAAAUUUCAUCUUUCAACUCUCAGAUACACUUUGUCCUGAUUUUAGUUCGGAGAAAGUGUGCCAAAUGUGAUAAAAUGUUUUCUAUUAUAUUUUGGCUGUUUCUGUCUACAACAUGGACACUAAGUCGCGUGUCUGCGGGGAAGGAUUGUGCGCCCAGGCAGUAUGGUGCCAGCAGCAUGGUUUGUGUGUGCAACGCUACCUACUGCGACUCUAGAGAGCCAAUUGCAGAGCAGCAUGUGACCGGCGGGUCCUGCCUUCUCUACACAUCCACUAAGGCCGGCCUGCGUCUCAGCCCCUCCCUCCACACCUUCAAUGCCACUGGCGGCGAAGGAAAGGCCGUCACGCUGCACGUGGAUCGGAGCAGCAAGCACCAGGAGAUGAUCGGCUACGGGGGCGCGCUGACCGACUCGACGGCCAUCAACAUCCACAGCCUGAGCGAAGAGGCGGGCGAGCUCCUGCUCCAGUCAUACUUCGGCGAGAGCGGGUCGCGGUACAGUCUGGUGCGCGUGCCGAUGGGCGCCUCGGACUUCUCCACGGAGUACUACUCGUACGACGACGUGGCGGGUGACACCGAGCUGAAGCACUUCGCGCUGCGGCCACUGGAGGACUACAGGCUCAAGAUACCGUACUUAAAGCGCAUCCGCACCAUGACGGGCGGCCGGCUGAAGCUGUUCACGUGUCCGUGGUCGGCGCCCUACUGGAUGAAGGACAACGGCACUGCCUUCGGCCGCAGCGCGCUGCGCCUUGAGAACUACCAGCCCUGGGCCGAGUACUUCGCCAGGUACCUGGAGGAGUACGCGCGUAACAACGUGACCUUCUGGGGACUGACGCCGCAGAACGAGCCCAACCAAGGAGGAGUGCACCGCGUGCACAUCAUCUCCAUGGGCUGGACGGCGAAGCAGCAGCGCCGCUGGAUCGCGGAGCACCUGGGGCCCACCUUGCAGCGGCGGGGCCUGCUGCCUGGCAUCAAGCUCAUGGUGUACGACGACAGCGGGCUGUACCUGCCGCGCUACCUCGAGUCCAUCCUGAAGAGCAACGUGACCAGGAACUUCGCUUCAGGAGUCGCCAUCCACGCCUACCAUGAUGAUACCCUAAACCCGGAAAUAGUCGCCAGCCUGGUGAAGCAGUACCCAGACUUGUUCUUUCUGUACACAGAAGGAGCAUAUCUACGCCAGAUCCAGCUCCAGACCCUCGGCUCCUGGGAGGUGGGCGAGUACUACGGCAAGAGCCUGUUCCUGUCCGCCAACAACGGCGUGGCCGGCUGGACGGACUGGAACCUGGCGCUGGACCCCAGCGGCGGUCCCGUGUGGUCCGACAUCCCCUACAACGCGCCGGUCAUCGUCAACUCCACAGCGGACGAGUUCUACAAGCAGCCGUCCUACUACUUCCUCGCGCACUUCUCGGGCUUUGUGCCCCCCGGCUCCCGUCGCGUGGGGCUGAGCGGGGCGUCCGGGGAGCUGCGAGCCGUGGCCUUCCUCGCUCCGAACAACACCACCGUAGUCAACCUCAUGAACCUGAGCAACAAGACAUUGACGACUACCGUCAGUGACAAAGAGAAAGGCCGUGUAACUCUCAGUCUCCAAGCCAGAAGCAUUCAUACUCUACUGUACAAGUGAAGAGCUUACAACGAAUGACUUCAACAUCCAUUUGUUCUAUUUUUUUCAAAAUUAUUUGUUACUUAAUUAAACAUCCAGACCAUGCCUGUGAUAUGUACAAUAAUACUAACUGUAACUUUUUGUUUUGUUUUGAAAAUAAACUGUAAUUUCAACCUGCC